CAGCUCCAGUAUAGGCUAUAAGCCGCGGAGCGCCUUCAGACAGACAGACACACAGCCGGAGACACACACACACUCGCUCUCUCACACACACACACACACACACACACACGGACAUUACCGCGCGGAGGAUAUAACGGAGAAAGGACGAUGGUGUAAGGGGACGAUUAAUUAUAUUUUUUUGGAUUGAAAAAUUUAGGGAAUGUGAUUCUUUGACGUUCGUCGGUUCUCGGAGCGCGCGGAGUGGCUCGUUUUCAGAGAUUUCUCGUUUAAUUUGUCGCUAAUUUUCCGUAUUCCGUCUCGUCGUCCGUCUCCUCUUUGAGAGAUAACGUUCCCAUGCGAUUCUUCAGACUCACCUUUAAGUGUUUCGUGGAUUGUUUUUGAGGGUGCUCUUUUAAUUCGGUGUACUUUUCUUUUCCUUUUUUGAACGACCGUAGUAUAUUCCAACCUUUAUUUAUAUACUGACAUUUUGCGCGGAAAAAAAUAAAAUUGAACGACCCCCCUCGUUGCCAAUUUCAGCGUCAAAAAAGGGUCUGACAUUGAAAAACUAAAUAUUUUAAUAAUAAUAAAAAAACCACUGCAGACUUGAAUUGGGCUGAACAGCCUAAAACAGCCUUUUUUAAACAAAAACAUAAUAAAUAAAUAAAUUGCUGAAUAGCCUACAACAACAGCAACAACAGCAACAGAAAAGGCUAAGGACCAGAUUCUGUCUGAGAAGAGAGAGGAGCUCAACAGGGUCACCAAGAAGAGAAGAACAAAAGGAUAUUUGGUGUGGUGACACAGACAGUAGAUUGGUGUCUGUCUGUCUAAAGACUGUGAAGCAACAACAAAAAAAGAAAAAGAACGAAAGAAAGAAGUGAAGCAGAUUGAGUCAUAUUGAAAGGGAGAAAACUGAAAGCUAAUUGAUUGAUUGACUGAUUGAUUGAGUGAGUAAGUGAUUGGGAAAUCCCAUUCAAAACAAAGCAAAGCAAAGGCCAAAAACAAGCCAAGCAAAACCAAAACCAGCUAAAUCUAUAGGCUAUAACAUAUAUAACUACAACACACUAUAGACUCUAUAGCUACUCAUUGCUGGUGAGGAGGAAAAGAAGAAGAAGAAGAAAAGGAUGGAAAAGACAGACUGCUGCGCCCUGAAUGUGGUCCUGGCCGAAGAGAAGAAGGGUCAGCUCAUCCCUAAUGGGAACCAUCAGGGUGUCAACGGGACCCUGGUGGCCCCGGUCAGGGCGCUACCUGAGCGCGAGACGUGGACCAGGCAGAUGGACUUCAUCAUGUCCUGCGUGGGCUUCGCCGUGGGGCUGGGCAACGUGUGGCGAUUCCCCUACCUCUGCUACAAGAACGGUGGAGGAGUCUUUCUCAUUCCCUAUGUGUUGUUUAUAUUUCUUGGGGGUAUUCCUAUCUUCUUCUUGGAGAUCGCCCUGGGCCAGUUCAUGAAGGCUGGAAGCAUCAAUGUGUGGAACAUCGCACCGCUCUUUAAAGGACUUGGCUAUGCCUCCAUGGUCAUAGUGUUCUUCUGCAACACGUACUACAUCAUGGUCCUGGCCUGGGGUUUCUACUACCUCAUCAAGUCCUUCAACGGCACGCUGCCCUGGUCUUCCUGCGACAACGAGUGGAACACGGACACCUGCAUCGAGAUCUUUCGCCACGAAGACUGCCAGAACGGCACCAUCGGUAACGCCACCUUCGGCAACUUGACCUGCGAGGAGUUAGCGAACGGCCGCUCGCCUAUCAUUGAGUUUUGGGAGAACAAGGUCCUGAACAUCUCAGAUGGUCUGGACCAGCCUGGAGCGCUAAACUGGGAGCUGAUGCUGUGUCUGCUGGCUGUCUGGGUGAUGGUCUAUUUCUGCGUGUGGAAGGGGGUGAAGUCAACAGGCAAGAUUGUGUAUUUCACUGCCACGUUCCCGUAUGUGGUCUUGAUCAUUCUCCUGGUCAGAGGGGUCACUCUUCCUGGGGCCUACGAUGGAAUCAUGUAUUAUCUCAAGCCUAAUUGGUCUAAGCUUGGAGAACCACAGGUUUGGAUCGAUGCUGGCACUCAGAUCUUCUUUUCUUACGCUAUCGGGCUGGGAGCCCUGACUGCCCUCGGCAGCUAUAACCGAUUCAACAACGACUGCUACAAAGAUGCCUUCAUGCUGGCCAUGAUAAACAGUGGCACCAGUUUCUUUGCUGGAUUCGUGGUCUUCUCCAUCCUGGGCUUCAUGGCAUCUGAGCAGGGCGUGGACAUCUCCAAAGUGGCAGAGUCGGGGCCCGGCCUGGCGUUCAUAGCGUACCCUAAAGCUGUGUCUCUGAUGCCCGUGGCACCGGUCUGGGCAGCCCUCUUCUUCUUCAUGCUGCUGCUGCUGGGGCUGGACAGUCAGUUUGUUGGAGUGGAAGGUUUUGUAACUGGCAUUCUUGAUCUUUUCCCUGGAAAGUAUUACAUGCGUUACCGUCGAGAAAUCGCUGUGGCGAUCUGUUGUUUAUUGUGCUUCAUUAUAGAUCUCUCCAUGGUUACACAGGGGGGGAUGUACGUCUUCCAGCUUUUUGACUAUUAUUCAGCCAGUGGUAUGACCCUGUUGUGGCAGGCAUUCUGGGAAUGCGUGGUUGUCGCCUGGGUUUAUGGUGCUGACAAGUUCAUGGAUGACAUCGCCCGUAUGAUCGGUUACCGGCCUUUCCCUUGGAUGAAGUGGUGCUGGUCGUUUAUUACUCCAUGUGUUUGCAUGGGUAUAUUUCUGUUUCACCUGCUGAACUACAAGCCUCUUACCUACAACAAUGUGUAUGUGUACCCGUGGUGGGGGGAGGUGAUUGGAUGGUGUCUGGCUCUCUCCUCCAUGCUCUGCAUCCCCGUUAGUCUCGUCUACAAACUCUCCGGAGCCAAGGGAACCUUCAGAGAGCGUUGGGAAACUCUGACCAAACCAGUGUGGGGUGCUCAUCACCUGGAGUACAUGGCCCCUGACACGGACAUCAAAAGCCUGGCCUCUCUGUCCCCAGGAACCGAGGAGAACAAGGUCAUCAUCUUCGAGAGCGUCAUGUAGACGGAUCGUCCUGCAGGAGCGUCCACGCCUGCCCUCCAUCGACAAGCUGCUCCACUUUAUAAUGGAUUUUCUUUAGGGGUGCCUGAUAUAUCAGUGACCGAUAUUACUGACUGAUUAAUGAGAAUUCUCUUAUUAGAGUUACAUCCAAUAAUACUGUACAAGUAAACUAAUCUAUCUGUGUGAACAGUGUCACAAAUGUAGGCCUUUUCUAUUCAUUUAAAUUAUUUUUGAUUUUAGGACUAGCAUAGUGGAUAACACCACCAAGAGCAUUGGGUAUCAGGUUCUAAUCCCCACUAACCCCGAUCUACUACAGACAGGAGUGCACUAUUAUUUUAGUAAUAGUGCUUUAAUUUAUAUAUUUAAAUAUAUUAAACUGCAUCUCUUAUUUAUCUCAAAUACAACUAAAACUUAUGCUGUCAUAAUCACCCUGAAAUUCCAUAUUGGUUGCAUAGUGGAUAACACCACAAUCCUCCUAUCCACUAAAAACAGGAGUGCACUAUUAUUUCAGUAAAAGUGCUUAGAGAGCUCGAGAGACUCCUAACUUCUCAAAUUCACCAAUUUUACAUUUAAAAUAGUUUUUAAAACGGUUAAAAAAGGUAAAAAGUACAACUAACCAAAGAGAUCUCUUUCUUAUGCUCAAAUAUAUUUGAAUAUAUUAUACUGUAUCUCAUAUCUAUCUUAAAUGCAACUAAACCUUAUUAUCAGCUAUUAUGAUCACCCCCAAAUUCCAUAUUGGUUGCAUAGUGGAUAACACCACAAGAGCAUUAGGUAUUAGGUUCUAAUCCCCCUACCCCUUUUCUCAAAUUCAUUAAUUUAACAUUUAAAAUUGGUUUUAAAACGGUUAACAAAGGUAAAAAUUAAAACUAACCAAAUAGAUCUCUUUGCUAUGCUCAAAUAUAUUCAAAUAUAUAUUUGAAUAUAUUUUACUGUAUCUUUUAUCUAUCUUAAAUGCAACUAAACCUUAUUAUCAGCUGUUAUGAUCGUCCCGAUAUUCCAAUAUAUUAUUGUUUGCAUCCCCUAAUUUUAAUUUCCUUAUUCUACACAAACUGUCAGAGUUACUUGAUAUUUUUAUAUAUUUUAUAUAUUUUAAUGCAAGAUUGCAUUUUGUUUGAGUUUACAGGACGCUGGGGGUCAGUUCACUCAGUUCACUCCACACACCUUCAGUGACCGCCGGCCUAAAACUUGCUGAUCUCAGAAAUAAUCGGAAAACGAGCAGAUUUAGCAGAAUGUGCAGUGUAAAUAUCUAAAUUUAGCAGCAUGCUAACAGAUGGCCAUGCUAGCAGCUUGUCGUUGGAAGUGCAGGCAAGGCGUCGCACCUGCCGCACCUCCUCAUUCACCUCCUCACACACCUGCUCAGAACAGGGCAGAAUUCCCACGAUGCUCUUCACUCCGUCCAGCGCAGGUCUCCUUUUUACACCAGCCGUGUGUGCGUCGUACGUUUGGUAUACAGUAUACAGUACAGAGGGCAGCAAAAUAAUUAUAGAGAUAUCCUGGCCUAUCAAGCUAUCAAACAAUUUACAGAAGAUUUUUCCAUAAUAUAAGAGCCAAAACUGAUUAUACCACAUUUAGUUCCGACCUUGCAAUGUGAUUGGCUGAGAGGCAUUCUAUGAGUGCCAUUAUCAGCUGGUAAUGCACUGUAACCGAAGCUUUCUAUGUAUUACUCCGCCACAUACAGGUAACAAGGUAACCUAGCAACGAUGCAGCGCUUACAAACCAAACAGCACAGCAGCUACAAACAGAACUAUUUUAGUUAUAACUCGCGGAGUGUUUUUAAAAUCAAACAGAUCAUAUUUUCUCCUCCUUUUUAACUCCUUUUUAACGGAACUGUGGUAUAAUCGCAAUAAUACACUCGAGGCUCGUACUCUAAUGUAUAAUAUUGCUGGAUUAUUAUUAUUAUUAUUAUUAUUGGAUUAUCUGAUGAUGAUGAGUUUUAAGAGUAAUUCAGUUAUCAUACUGUACAUGAUAACAGUGCCCCAAAUAUCAAUAUCUUGAUUAUUUUUUAAUAUACAGUAUUAAUUUCAAUUCUAAGUGUUUUUAUGUAUAUUUUUAGAAUUUUUAGGUUACUUUUUAAGCUUUUAAAGAGUUUAAGUACUGAAGUGUUGCUUUUUUUUCUAAAGUUUUAAUUCUUUAUUAUUAUCGUUCUCUUUAUUUAAUAACCACUGAAGAUCCAAAACCAAGUAAUAAUACUGUAGAUGAGCUGCUGAUAAUGCUAAUAAUGCUGAUAAGGCCAUAAUCAAAGAUUUGCUGACUCUCAUAUCGUUUUAGUUUCUGAAAGUGUCUGAAAGUUUCUGCACACAAGACGCGAGACGUCAAGAGCUGCGCAUGAAGCACAGUUAUUAUUAUUCCACUUUUCAAUCCGUGUGCCAAACAGUACGCUUAUUCUUUCCGUCUCUUUCCACGUUUAUCGGAGAACGGAUUCGGUUGCCAUAAACAGUCCAGAUUUUAUCUGCCUAGUAAAGUCGAGUAUUUGUCCUAAGUGUUGUCAGUAAACGGUUGAUGCUUGGUGAUAUCCAAAACAGAUGUCUGCGCAGUGGCGAGGCAGCUGCUCUUUUUUCGGAACGAGGAAAAGCACUUUUAUUAUGAAGGUGCCCAAAUAUUUAAAAAAAUAAAUAAAUAAAAAAAUAUCUGAAAUACUCUGAAAGCAUUUCUUGCUGUUUAACCCCUUAACAGGCCUUGUCCUGUAUACAGGCUACAGGUGUAGGUGAUCUAAUCCCAAACAAAACCCUUUUUUCUGCAGUAAAAUAACUGAUUUAUAUACUGAAAAAUCUGUUUUCUCUCGACUACACUUAAUAAAUACAGAUUAGAAACAGAAAUCAACCCAAAUUCUGCUUGAAUGUUUAAAAAAAAAAAACAUAAAGAAACUAAUUAAACUAUUUGAUUUGUAUUCAGGAAAAUAUUGAUUUUUAAAAAAUGAGGUUCAGAAAAAAGCCAAUUUUAUGAUUUUAUUCAUUAUAUUUUACUUAAAUAUUUUUUACAAUUUUCUAUUACAAUUACAAUCAUUUACAAUUUCAGUAAUGUUCCAUAUUAAAGCUUAUGACAGUUUUUUUUAUGUAAUGCUUUAAUAUAAAUCCUCAAGAUUUAGUGGUGUAAAUUAAAUUUCAGGCAGAAAAUUAAAAAAAUAAAAAUAAAUAAAAAUAAAAUAAACUGGCCUGUUAAGGGGUUAAUUAUCGUUUUUUUUUUGUUUGUUGUUUUGUUCUGGAUCUUUGUAAAUAUAUCAUACAUGAUUUUGCACUAAAAUCAUUUUUUUUUUCCGGAGCAAAUUGAAAGCAGUGUGUGUAUGUGUGUGUUUGUUAAGAUUGCAGAAUGAAAUCUGAUUGAGAUAUUGUCACUGCAUUGUCUUUUUACCAAUGUCAGUAGUAAUCAAUAGUGAAACUACUGCCUAUUAACCCCUUGUGCUCUAAGACUUUUAGAGUAAUUAUUACAGCCGAAAUAUUACUAAUCUGUAACUCCAUGCAAAGCAAUGCACUCUGCAUUAUUGAGUUAUUAGAAUUAUUCUAACAAUAGUCGUAACAAUACAGAAAACAAAGCCAGAUACAGUAAAAUGGUUCAGAGGAGUAUAAAAGGGUUAAAUACUCCAGUAGAUCUUUAUGCUAAAGCCUCUGCAGUGGCGAUAUUUACAGAGCGUGAGCCGAUUGGGGACACUUAGUUGCCAAACUUUGCCUUUUAUUGUUUGUCUUAACUUCAGAGCCCGUGGAUGAGCGUUUCAAUAGCCAAGUUUCUAUAGCAGGCCUUCCGAUGAUCCGGCCUAUUCACUCAGCUGUGGGAAUUCUGCCCUCUCUCUACUUCUUCUUUAACACAGAAACACACUAAGCCAUUCUAACGUCAUCGUAGAAAUAAUUAGAAUGUAAAAAAAUAAAAAAAUAAAAAUUAGACUCAGUAAUAGACUUCAAACUACAUUUGCACAUUGUUGUAAAUUAAUCUCGCUAGCACUUUUUAAUCGUGUUAGGGUAAGACUUUUUUCUCUUUUUUUUUGUUUUUAAGUUUUACAUUUUGUGAAAUAAAUCAGAGAUUUAUUUUGUGAAGGCUUUUAUUUUGCUGGUACACACAUAAAAAAAAUCUCUCUCUAUAUAUAUACACUAUAAAUAUGUACUGAAUAUCUUGUGUGUUCUAUUUUAAAAGUUUGCUGCAGUAUGACUUUUUUGAUAAAGAUUAAACUAUGGAAAGGGAGUUGUCCAUGAAAUGCUGCAAUUCUGUUGCAGGGAGGAAUUUUAGUCAGCACAUUGGAUUGAUUGUUGGGUUUUAUUGUUAUUUUUUUUUCUUUCUUUUCUUAUGAAUAUCAAACGCUUGUGUGUAUUUGUGUGUGUGUUAAAUUGCAGUAUUUUUCCGCUGACCACCCAGGGACCAAAAUCGUGAUAAUACUUGUGAUAAUACUGGUACCUUCCAUUUUGUACAAGUCGAAAAAAAUCUGAAGGAGAUUUAGCCCUGCUUUUAGCGCAGGCCGUCAUUUACAAUAUAUUUAUGAAAUUCAGACAAAAAAAAUGUAAAUUGGAUGUUUAUUUUUUCUGUUUAUUUAAGAUUAAGAUUAGGAUGUUAAAGGGCCCACAUUGUGCAAAACUGAAUUUUGAAUUUUUCUAAAUGCACUCUUCCCUCUUUAUUAUAUUUACUGUGAUUUCAUACAUAGAAAAAUAUAAGCCCUGUUUACACCUAGUCACUUUAUUAAUUAAUUUAAUACAGAUUUAAACAAAAAUCAAAUCACUGAAACCAGAACCUUCAGGAGGUGGACUGUGGUGCAUUUUAGCCACAUAUUAUAACAGUGUUAAUGUGUCCGUCUCUUCUAAGACUUAUUUGACAACCCAAACUCAUCCUUGUACAACCGAAACUCCUCCAAAUAAAAGUAAACUCUUCUUGUUAAAACUUAAACUCCUCCCACUAUAGCCAAAUCCCUCCUAGUACAGCCAAAACCCCUCCCUGUACAACUGAAACUCCUCCUAGUACAACUAAAACUACUCUAAUCUCCUCCCAGUACAACGGAAACUUCUAUUACUAAAGACAAAACCCCUCCUAGUACAGCUGAAAUCCCUCCCUAUAUAACGGAAACCCCUCCCAAUACAGCCAAAACCCCUAUUUAUAUAACUGAAACUCCUCCCAGUAAAACUGAAAUUUUCCCAGUACAAUGGAAUCUCCUCCCACUAUAGCCAAAACCCCUCCUAGUAUAGCUAAAAUCCCUCGCUCUACAACGGAAAUCCUCCCACUAUAGCCAAAACCCCUCCUAGUAUAGCUAAAAUCCCUCGCUCUACAACGGAAAUCCUCCCACUAUAGCCAAAACCCUCCAUAUAUAAAUUAAACCCAUGCUAGUACAAACCAAACUCCUCCCAGUUCAAUCCAAAUUCCUCUCAGUGCAACUAAAACUGUGGUAACACUGUAAUUUCUGUACAGCCAGCAUUUUAUUCAGAUUUCAGUCUAAUUAAUCAGAGAUGUAUUUGGAAUUUGACUCAUCGCAACACUAAACGAUCAGGAUUCAGUGCAGAUACUAGUCGCAUUAAGUGAACAGGUGUGAACAGGGUCUAAGCUGCCAAAAGUUUUGCCCAUUUUAAACCAUUUUUUUUUUGUAAUGUGCUAAAAUACCAGUGCAGUAACAGAUACCUGCCAGCCGGGCCAUGCUUAUUUACUGUACACUGAAGUUAUAAGGAGUGUUUCAGCACUGCACUGAUUUUUAAAUGAGACACCCAAUCAGAACAGGAGUUACUUACAGUACGUUUAUCAGUCUUAAAGGGACAGUAACAAACAAAACAACUAGAAUAUGGGCCCUUUAAACACUCAAACAAACUUCUGUUUCAUGCCUUCAGCACGGUUUGCAUUGAUUUAUUGAUCUAAGUGCCCCUUAAACUUCCGAAUCUCGAGUAUUAGCCUGGAGUCAAAUCAAGGCCAUUUUUUGAUCAGAAAUCAGACCAAAACCAGCAUAACUGCCCAAAAAAUGAUGACCAUAAUCAAUGUAUUUUAUGUAUUCGGGUUGGUCAUUAAUACACACUGAAAGCAUUAGCCACUUUGAAGAGUUUUUUCCCCUAUUUUUACUUUUAUUUUUUUGUUUUUAUUUUAUUAUAGCACACUUACUGUAAUCCUUCUAUCCAAAUAGGGCCCUGGGUUGGUCAGUUAAUGUUAAGAUGUUACGUAGUCAUUGUGUGUAGAAAACAAAAAUGAAAUGUACAUUACCAAAAAAAAAAAAAUGAAAAGAAAAGAAAAGAGAAAAAGAAAAAAUGGUCAUUUCAUUUCUUGUGCUCUGCCAAAUUGUUCUCGACAGUAUCUUUGUCCCAAAGACUUGCUGAGACAGAGAAUCAUACGAUGUAUAUGUAGUGUAGUUAUAUAUAUAUAGAUAUAAAAAAUGUAGCCGUUUUAAUUAAAAGGGAAAGAUUUGAAAAGUAUAGAAAUCUGAAAUUUCAACUAAAUUUGACUAAAAUUGCUAAACUUUAGUAUAAUAAGAGAGAGCUCUUAUACACAUUUAAUUCACGAUUAAUAUAAAUUAGCAGAGUCAUGCUCCAUACAGCAUUAAAUAACAGUAAAAUCUGUAUGUUCUAUAAGAGCUUUAAAGUACUAAUAAUUACUAUUAAUAAUAAUUAUUAAUACAAUUAAUUAUGUAUUAAUUAUUCAGAGCUACCUGGCUCGAUGUACUGUAUCUGCAUAGAAAUUAAAAAAGGAUUUUUCCAAAAAUGUACUAAGAAUCUUGCUUUAAAAAUUGAAUAAUCAAAAAAAUGAUUAAAUGAAAUCAGAUAGAUAGAGAUAAUGUAGUGUAGAUAAAACUGCUGGUGCAUUAAAUGCAACCAAAUCACGCGACUAAAGGGAAUUUUCCUAUUAAAAUAUAUAAAUAUAAUAAAACACUCUGCCAUGCUAGUGAACAGGCAUGCUAGGUAGACUGUAGGUGUAGAGCACGUCCUGCUUUAGUGAUAGACUGUUAAUUAAGUCAGAUAAAUAGAUAAACAGAGAAUAAUAACCUAGCUUUGGGUAAGGAUACUGUCUGUAAGGUUCUCAUUAGCACUGUUGAUUUGGUGAUUAACUCAGUGAAAUCUUUCAUUGUUGUGCUUUGUAACAUACUGUGAGAUGUAACCAUGGUCUUCCACUCGUAAGCCUCAGUAGUAAUAACAGAGAUUAAGACUUGUACAGUAAAUGUUGUGGACCGUGCAGGAGCUGAUCACUGGUCUUGCAGUAUCCCUCACCAUGUAAAGGGCUUCAUGCUUUAUACCACUGUGAUUGUGCUGAAGAUCCACUCGCCCAUAUCAGAGCAACAAACGGCAAUAAAAACUAACUCCAUGGGAA